UGUGUGUGUGUGUGUGUGUGUUUGUGUGUUUGUGUGCUAAAAUAUGUUUUAAAUAAAAUGAAGUGAACAAAGUAAUUCAAUUGCCACUCAUAUUGUAACUAUUAAAUUUGAUCAUUUUCAAUGACAUUAGUUUUUUAUAUAACUUUUAUCAAUUGCAAUUUGUCUUUUCUUACUCUGCUAUUUGACAUUAUCUCAUUCAGAUAAAUUAUACUCACACUUUUACACUAAUAUACAAAAUUUUAUAGCUGUAGCUUAUAUCUGUACAGUUUAACAAUUAAUCAAUUGAAGAACAAAGAAGAUAUAUCAAGGUUUUACUCACCAUUCCAAACGCCCUUCUUCUCGUGCUCUCUUCGCUGUGCAGGGGAUAUACAUUUCUCUUUUUCAUCGACCCGGCUUCCCCCUUAAUAACCCGCGGCUAUUUUUGCGCCGCGCACUGCGGCAGCAUGGAGUACAACGACACGCUGCUUAUCCCAGGCCAACGUAUACGUCCGCCCAUGACCGAGAAGACAGCGGUCGCCCUGCUGGAACGACUCUAUGGUAUGAAGGCGACGAGCGUGCGUGAAUUGAACGCUUACGACGAUCGCAAUUACCACGUGGUGUGUGACGGGACAACUACAAAUCCGCACGUGAUUAGACCGGAAAAGGCCGGCUAUGUUCUCAAGGUGAUCAACUCCUUGGAUUCCCGCAAGACUGGGGUGAUCGAGGCGCAGACUGAGCUUAUGAUUUUCCUCAAUCAACGAAACAUUUGCUGCCCGUUGCCGGUCAAGAAUGUAAACGGCGCGUACUUUUCUCUAGAGAAUUUGAAGAUUGAGAAUACUAUGGAAAAGUAUGCUGUGAGGCUGCUAGUCUACCGACCUGGUGAGCUGCUGUAUCACAUCAAAAUAACGGACGAAUUGUUGCGCCAAGUUGGUAACUUUACUGCCAGAAUUGACGAGUUACUCGUAGGUUUCAAUCACCCCGCUUAUGAUGAUCACAGGUCAUUGUGGAUGUUGAUUUCGAUGCCGCGAGUGCAGCAAUUCACGUAUGCGAUCAAGAGCUCGUUGGAUAGACAAUUGGUGCAUGAUGUAGUUGUUAAUUUCCAGAGAGAAGUAUUGCCAAUCACGGACCAGUUGGAACAAGGGAUCAUACAUGGUGAUCUGAAUGAACACAACAUUAUCGUAACUCCUGAUGGCAAGAACAUUGCUGCUGUGAUUGAUUUUGGUGAUUCUCACAGGACUUGUCGCGUCUUCGAGCUAGCUAUAGUUCUCUGCUACAUGAUCUUACAAGCGGCCGAUGUAGGAAUGGGUAAAUACAUUGUGGAAGGUUACGAACAAGUCAAGAAGUUGACUGAUGUGGAGAAGAAGAUUCUCAAGAUCAGCGUAUGUGCUAGGAUGUGCCAAAGUCUGGUAAUGGGCGCUUAUUCGCACUUGCAUGAUCCCGAAAAUCAAUAUCUGCUAAGCACGCAGAAAACCGGAUGGAUGUUACUGAAGAGAUUGUGGCCCAUGAGUCAAAAAGAUGUAAUACAUGCUUGGGGAUUGGCCAAUCCUAAGUAAUAUUAAAGUAAUACUGAUCAACAUUUGUCUAAUCAAUGAAUGACAAAAUAUUUACAAUGAACACAUUUACAAUGUU